AUGCUCAAACAGACUAAUAAUAAGUAAAUGCUCAUAUAAAAGAGAUUAAACUUUUAGGAGUAAUUCUUCAGAAUGGCAGAGAGUCGAAAUUUACUACCUGAGGGCAGCCAUGAUAAUGCUUCGGUAUUUGCUAAAUUCAAACCAUCAAAGCCACUCCUAAGGAAGAUGAAUAUGGGCUAGCAUAUUUUAUCAUAGAGCUACUAAGAAUCAGAAUAAGCUUUGGAAUUUUGCGCAUUCUUGAUGAGAUAUCACAGAGCUCUAGAUUAUGGAGAUUUCUCAGAUAAUGCUUUUGUUGUCCAAAGACUAAGAAGAUUUGAAGACUUCAAGUGUUGGAAUGACAUUGAAGAUUCUUUAGCACUGGGAGAAUAAAAUGCUAAAAAUUUCGAGGCAUUUAAGAUGACUAAUGAAAAUGCUCUUUAGGAAAUACUUCAGCAUCUUGAAAGAAUAGUAAGAGACUAUGCAACUAAGGAUGAAGUCGGCAGAGAGUUGGACAUGAUGAAAGAUAGAAUGUUCAAUGAAAUGGAUACACAACUUACUCAGGCUAAUAUGCAGAGCUCUCUUUUAAAGAAUCACACUCCUCACAGAGCUGAUGGCUUCGAUACCGGCUAAUACAAAAAGGUUUUGGAACUGAUGCUAGAUUUAGAGAAGAAACUAGAAGGGAGAAUGGAUGAGUUGCAAGGAGACUUUAGGAAAGAUUUAAUAAAAUACCUAGACGACAGAGACUUAAAAACUGACUUGACUAAUAUUAUUGAGGAUAAGAUUGACAAUCUUGAGUUCAGCUUUAACACUAAAGUUCUAUCAAGAUUAGAUCUGCUUGAGAAGGCAUAUGAUUAGCAGAUAAAGAACUACACAAUAUUUGAAAAUAAACUAGAAGUUGAAAACUAGAAAGGCCUGAAGAUAGAGGAUACUCUAAGAGAUUAAAUAGAUUUGAUUCAAGCUCUAAAUAAUAAACUGGCUUUAUAGGAGGAGACAUUAAAGGAGACAAAGAAUUACUUCUAUGGUAAACUAACCUCAAUAGAAAAAGAAAUUAUCUAGAAGGCCUUUGGAGAGGCGGCAAACAUCAAAUAUGACUUCUCAGCUCAUGAAGAAACCAUUAAAAAGCUCGAGGAUGAGAUAGAAGCCUUGUAAAAAGACUUCUUCUUGUUCAAAGAUCGGACUGAAAAAUAAGUGUAGGAGGGUCUACAGCUCACGAAGCAAACAAGGAAUGACUAUAUAAUGCGAAUGAAAGAAAUGUAUGAUGAGAACAAUAGAAUGAUCAAGGAGACUAAGGAAAUUAUAGAUAUGAUUAAGGGAAAGCAUCAAGAUGCUAUAGCACACCUGGAUAAGAAGUAGUAGACAAUCAUCUAGCAUAUUCAGCAACUUGAAACUGAUUUUAAGGUUUAGGUGGACAGAAAUCUAAGAGAACUUGAAAACACAGAUUUGAAACAGUAAAAAGAGAUAGCUGAUCUCAAUGACUACUUUAAAAAGCUAAGAACUGAGGUAAUUGACUUAGGAACGCACAUUGGCCAAGAAAUAUCCAGAGUUAUCAAUUAAAGCAAUGUCACUCUCAAUGAAUAUGGGAAAAGAUAGUAGGACAUUGAAAAUACACUCAGACGAUAGAUCGAUGAUAUGAUACAGAAAUUCGGACUUUACUCUAAAGAUUUCACUAACAUUGGUGAGAACUUCGCUAGACUGAAUGAUGGACAGAACAAACUAGCUAUUGCUUUAAAUUCUCAUGAUACCGAAAUAGCUAGACUUAGAAAUGAUAUCAUUGGCAAUCUAGACUCAGUCAGAAAAAUGGAAGAUUUCCUUAACAAUAAUUCAAAGCUUAAUUCAUUAGUUGAAGAGGCAAACAAACUGUGGACCUUCUUCCAGAAGUUCAUUGAUGAGCAUUCAGUUGAUAGAAUCAAGAUCAUUAGAUCCAGAGAUAACUCUCUCACAGAUAAAAUCAACGCUAUGGACUGGCUUGCGAGAUAUGCUGAAUUUGUCACACCUGAUUAGAUAUCGAACGUGGUCAUGGCAUUUAAGGAUAUAUACUCAGGCCCAGAUGUUGGUCUAAGAGAUGGCUUCAUCAAUCACAAGCAUAACUCUGAAGCGAUUCCUACUGUAGUUUAGAUGCUAAGAAAUCUUAGAUCAAAGAGGAACACAAUUGCUCUUGACGAAGAAACAUUCGAUCAGAAUAUGAGUAUUCUGCUAAGUAUACUUGAACCUCUACUAAUAAAUGACUAGAAUCUAGAGACAUUCUUUAAGCUAUCAGUAGUCUAAGAUCUGUGUCAGCUUUUGCAUGAGUAACCACUUCCUAGUGAGAACUAAGGUGCAGGAGCCAAAGUAUUUAGACAGCAUUUCAAAUAUGCCAUAAGAUGCAUCACCUCAUGCCUUAGAAAUGAAAUAGGAGUAUAAGAGGUUAUGAAGAAUGACACCUAUUUCAAGAGAGUCUUAAGAAUCCUAGAGGAAUUUCAAGAGGAGGAGAUCGUAGCAAAUUCAAGUAAAAUUGUGAGACUAGUACUGAGAGAUGAGGUGUACUAUGACAGAGUAGUGAUGGCCUAUUCAUAAAUCGGUAAUUUCUUGUUACAGUUGAUGAAUCAGCACUUCUACAGCGCAGCUAUCAUUUAAGAGACAACAGCCGCAUUCAGAAAUUACACUAGAAAGCCAAAUUACUUGAAUACCAUCAAUAGUGAUUUAUUGAAGGUACUUGUCAACGUCGUAAGAGAACCCAAGUUUGACAAGCAAAAGUUCGUCACACUCUAAGCUAUAAAGAACCUAAGCAGGUCAGCAGAGCAUGAAAGAUAUUUCAAGCAGAUAGGAGCAAACGAUGUUCUGGUUAUGUCAAAUAUGUCAAAUCAAGUUGGAAAUUAAGUGAUUGGAAACUCUUUGUCAAGAAAGGUAUGA